ACCACGCGUUUGCCUUUGCGUGGUUUUGCGACGCCCUCUCUGCUUUCUGUUAGCAACGAACCCUUUACGGCGUGGAGCAAUCUUCCACAUGGCCUCCGCCAACCCGACUGGAGCCGGAGUGUGUUUUUGAGGUUUUAUAGCUAAGCCUGAGAGAACAAGCGGGGAAAAAACAAAAAAAAACGUUGCAUGCGCCGGCCGCACUUUAAUAAAAACCAAAAUGGGUAAAAGUAGAACCACAAAAUUUAAACGUCCGCAGUUCAGCGCGGUUGGGCUGCCGGUGAACGCUGUGAAGGAAGUGGACCCUGAGGAAGACGAGCACGGGGAUGAUAGUUGUCCAGCUGCGGAGUUGCUGGAGAAAUUGCAGAGUCCGAGUCCAGACGUGCGAGAGUUUGCGUGUGCCAGCAUUUCUCGGGUGGUGCAGCAGAGCCAGACCAUCCCCGGUUUCCUUCAGAGGGAUGCUGUGAGGCGCCUCGGGCCCAUGCUGAUGGACAAAAGCCUGGCUGUCAGGGAGACUGCCACAGGAGCACUGCGGAAUCUGAGUGCAUGUGGAGGUCAGGAGGUGUGCGAAGACAUGGUGAAGCACGAUGUCAUGACUCCUCUGACAGCACUGCUUAAAGAGUGCUGUGCCGGUUUUGAGAGCGCCGUCAUGCAGAUGAAAGACCAGAAGAAUGCGGUGGAGGAUGUAGCCAAUGAAGCUGUGAACUUACUCUGGAAUCUCUGUGAGAACAGCAGCCAGGCGCUGUCUGUGUUCAACAAAGCAGGUCUCCUGGAUCUGGUUGUCCAGUGUCUGGAGAGACACCCGCACAACGUGGAACUGGCCAUAUCUGCUGCCCACUGCUUGCACACUGUGACUGAGGAUAACCCGGAGCUGCUGUGUAGCAUGAACACUGCAGUGCUUGGCGCCCUGGAGAACGUGCUGCGCUCAUCUCAGCCAAGCAUGGCACACACUCUCCUCAGGACUCUGGCUGCAGGGACACUGUGGAACAUGAAGGGCAGCCUGCCCGCUGCCCGUCAGGCCCAGACUCUCAACGCUGUAGUGGCCACCUUGUCACAGUGCCUGGAUUAUGACGCGGGUACACUCAUACCUGACCUCAUACAAGCGGAAGAGGUUUGUCACAGAAACGCACCGACUGUGACAGACACCGAGGACCAGGCCGCAGGAGAGCUCGCUGUGGAGGAGCUGGACGAGGAGGAGGAGGCACCUAAACAGAAGAGGAAUGGAAAAGUUGUGAAGGUUGAUAACGACUUCUCCGACCUCCUGCCUAGGGGCAAGGAGGAGCUGAGGGAGGCAACGGCCUUGCUGACAGCCCAGCAAACGUCCUUAGAGAUCAUCGUCAACAUGUGCUGCUCUGACGACCCAUCUGACGACGAGUGGGAGGAGGAGUCGAGCAGCGAUGAAAGCGACAUGGGUCCGGAUGGUCUUUGUGACGGAGUCUCCAAUCUUAUGUCUCCACUGUGUUUGUCAGCUGAAGUUCACGGGGCCUUAAUCAACCACAGCAUCCCUGAAAAGGUUCUCAAAAAGACUGGGUUCCCCAGAACGGAAGCCAUGGAUGUGUGCCAUCAAAAUCCCUCCUGGAGAAGCCUGAUAAAAAAGAUGCAGCGCGUACAGUCCCGGGCUCUGACGUGCCUCCAUAGCAUCCUCUCCACCAUGGACGCAGAGUCUCUGGGAGGACCAGCAGCCCUGCAGGGAGCAGCACAGCACCUGUCCACACUGGUUUUUGGUGCAGCAGAGAUACCCAAAGAUGAAGAGUUCCUCGAGGCUGUCAUCAGCGCGAUGCGGUCUCUUUUACUGAUGAUUGCCUCCAAAAAUAUCCCCCAGUGUAUGACCCCCCAGCAACUGAUGAGCCUGAGCGAAACGGCCACCCGCUGUGAUGUUGUCAGUGUGAGGGUCAACGCCGUCGCCAUUCUUGGCAUCACUGGCAGCACAUUAGCCAAAGAGAAAGGCACUGCUGAAAUCCUUCAGAUGAUUGGAAACGCCUUGCUUCAAGUUGCCACAAGGGAUGCCGACCUGGUUGUGAACGGAGAAGCCCUCGACGCCUUGUUUGAUGUAUUUGCGGAUGGAAAUGAGGCGGAGACGGCUGCUAAAAACAUCCAGUUAUUACCUGCACUGAAAGCACUUCAGCCUGUCUUUAAGGCCAAGAUUCGUAAAGAGGGAAGAGGCAAGUACAGCCCUCAGCAGCUGUGUGUGCUAGACAACAUCAAAGUCAACCUGAGAAGAUUCAUUGGUUAUCUGGAGAAGGUGGUGAAAAAAUGAGGAUUUUUGGUGCUUCACAUUGCGAUCACUUGAACCUGAAUGGUUUGGGCGGAUACUGUACGCUAGCAGGAGCAUAGAAUGAAACCAUGUGGUUGUGAAACCAUCAAGUAUUUAUUAUGUUGGUAGGAAACCAUUUGCUAAUGCGUGGUUUCAAUGUUUAUAUUCACCAAAUAGAUUUAUUAUUUUAAUUAGUGAUGUGAAAGUUUAUUUGUUGUGAAGAAAGAAGGGUUGGAUUGAAUAAUUAUUAGUUACUGUGUAUUGCAGUAAAGAGGGUUUUUUUUUUCUACAUUCAACUUAAAAUUAUUUUCAGACUUGAAUAUGAAUGUUUUCAUGUCCCCCAGUAACAUUUGAAUAGAACAGGUGUGGUGAGCUGACGGCAGGUUUCAACAUGGGUACCAUUAUUUUAGCCCCGUAUUUCAAUGGGCUAAACAUUCAAUGUUUUGCAGUUCUGCUGGUUCUGACAAGGGGUAGGAGGCAGAGCUAUUAAAAAAUGCCCCUUAUAAGAGUGAUUUGAAUAUCAGCUACUAUAUUUUGCUUUCUGGAAUCAUUUUGUUAAGCAAUUGGCUUGCCUAAGAGAAACCAAAUGACUGUCAUUUCAGUAACUUAAUAAGCUGAAAGGGUUUGAAACGGUCACUCUCAAGGUUAGGAUAAGACUACAGUGUAUUAAAACACAUUUUAGCCUUUAGAAAUGAGCACAUAUUCUCUACCUCUGCCUCUCUGUGCGUCCUCCAGCUCCAAUGUGUUAGUAUUAAUUGCACUCUGCAAAUUGUUACCUUGAUGUAUAGAGUGGUAGCUGCUUUUGCAGUGGUAACCUUGUGAACGUUGCUGUCUGCAAGUCACCACUGUAGCCAGCUUUCUACUGAGAGUAUUCGUCUCAGUAACUUGAAUAAAUAAAAAAAAAGAAAAUUGCAUCACUAAAGCCAAUUAAGUCAUAAUGAGCAGUCAGCAUCCAGAAUUGCUGCUAUAACUGACAAUCUUGUUCCACAACACAGCAGGUUUGAAAUAAUGUAAAUCCAGGAUAGCGUAAUCUGUUUUGGACCUGAUUCAUUUAUAUCAUGUCGACUCCUCAGCUUUCUUGGUUUGGGUUUCCGACAACUUUUCAGGGGAAUAAAAUAAAGAUUCAAAGAUACAUUUAAGGGAGAAUAUGUCAUCAGGCUAUGGAUGACCACCUGUUUUGAAAUAAAUCCUGAUUUAUUAUA